ACCCCAGUCACACUGUGUGUCUGACUCCUGCUCACAGACUAGCCUCCUUUCGUGCAUUCUGGAUGAUGUCAGAACAGGACCUGGCAGACGUGGUUCAGAUUGCCGUCGAAGACUUGAGUCCUGAUCACCCAGUUGUCUUGGAGAAUCAUGUAGUGACGGAUGAAGAUGAACCUGCUUUGAAACGCCAGCGUCUAGAGAUCAAUUGCCAGGACCCCUCCAUAAAGUCAUUCCUGUAUUCCAUUAACCAGACAAUCUGCUUACGAUUGGAUAGCAUUGAAGCCAAGUUGCAGGCACUAGAGGCAACGUGUAAGUCACUAGAGGAGAAGCUGGACUUGGUCACCAACAAGCAGCAUAGCCCUAUCCAAGUCCCCAUGGUGGCCGGCUCCCCGCUUGGGGCCACGCAGACCUGCAACAAAGUGCGAUGCGUCGUCCCCCAGACUACAGUAAUACUCAACAAUGAUCGGCAGAACGCCAUUGUAGCCAAGAUGGACGACCCCUUGAGCAACAGGGCACCGGAUUCCCUGGAAAAUAUCAUUAGCAAUGCAGUGCCUGGGCGUCGGCAGAACACCAUUGUGGUGAAGGUACCUGGUCAAGAGGACAGCCACAACGAAGAUGGGGAGAGUGGGUCUGAGGCCAGCGACUCUGUGUCCAACUGUGGGCAGUCGGGAAGUCAGAACAUUGGCAACAACGUCACCUUGAUCACCCUGAACUCCGAAGAGGACUACCCCAAUGGGACCUGGCUGGGCGAUGAGAACAACCCCGAGAUGCGGGUGCGCUGUGCCAUCAUCCCCUCUGACAUGCUGCACAUCAGCACCAACUGCCGCACCGCUGAGAAGAUGGCGCUCACGCUGCUGGACUACCUCUUCCACCGCGAGGUGCAGGCCGUCUCCAACCUCUCAGGCCAGGGCAAGCACGGGAAGAAGCAGCUCGACCCCCUCACCAUCUACGGGAUCCGGUGUCACCUCUUCUAUAAAUUUGGAAUCACGGAAUCUGACUGGUAUCGAAUCAAACAGAGCAUCGACUCCAAGUGCCGGACAGCCUGGCGGCGGAAGCAGCGAGGCCAGAGCCUGGCCGUCAAGAGCUUCUCCCGGAGAACCCCAUCCUCGUCAUCCUACAGCACUUCAGAAACGAUUCUGAGCACCCCGCAACCUGCCAGUGAGAUCCCGCAGCCCCAGCCACAGGCUCUGCACUACACUCUGGCCAAUGCCCAGCAGGUCCAGAUCCACCAAAUCGGAGAAGAUGGACAAGUCCAAGUAAUCCCACAGGGCCACCUCCACAUCGCCCAGGUGCCUCAAGGGGAGCAGGUCCAGAUCACGCAGGACAGCGAGGGCAACCUACAGAUACAUCAUGUUGGACAGGAUGGACAGGUGCUGCAGGGUGCCCAGCUGAUUGCUGUGGCCUCAUCGGACCCCACCGCAGCAGGUGUCGAUGGGUCACCUCUCCAGGGCAGUGACAUCCAGGUCCAGUAUGUCCAGCUGGCACCAGUGACUGACCAUACUGCUGCUGCACAGACAGCUGAGAGCCUGCAGCCCUCCAUGCAGCCUGAGAUGCAGCUGGAGCACGGGGCCAUCCAGAUCCAGUGAGGUGGCACAGUGCCCCCUCGGACUCGCACACGCCCACACCUGCUCCCACUGUUUCCGCGGCCUCACACAUGGUGGCGACUGCUGUGCCCAUCAGAGCGCGUCUGAAAUGCGCCCUCCACAAGGGAGAAGUGUCCCGGCAGGCUGGAUGGUGACCACCAUAAACACCUUUCUGCUGGAUGACCCCUUCUUCUGAGUUGUGCUGUUGGUGUUGGGAGAGUGACAGGAGCUCGGUGUGAUGGCUUUUAAGUACUCACGGAAAAAUCAAGAACUACAAUAUUUUUCUCGGUUUAAACAGCUUUUUUUAAUUUGCUAUGGUGUUUAUAACAAAAAAGAAAAAAAAUGGAGCAGCAAAAGGCUUUUGCUGUGUGUUCUGCUCAGCAUAACGGAAACAGGUAUGUGCAAAAGACAGCUAACGAUUUUGAUGGAAAUAUUGCUUACCUACUUUUCUAGGGGAAGAUGCUCGCAAACACUGUAAUUAUGCAUUUCUAAUGAAAUAAAAUGUAUUUAUGACCACAGCAGCUCUAGUGCUGUUUCAUAGUA